AUGUACCCGACUAAUAAUUUUCAACUUCGUCUAGACUCUUUUGUUCAGCACUACUUCAACACGUUCGAUAAUGCGGACGCAAGGAACAACUUACUCUCCCUCUAUCGUCCUGAGUCGAUGCUAGUAUGGGAGGGCAGCCAACAUCAAGGCGCGCAGAAUAUCAUAUCAGCCUUAACUAAACCCGAGCUGAAGGUUGUGAAGACUAUGAUCAACACGAAUGACGCAACCCCAUCCAUCAAUGGAGGCGUACUAGUGGUUGUUACUGGGAAUCUAGCCAUUGACAAUGCGUUUGAUAAGCCAUUGCACUUUACGGCGACUUUCUCUCUGCAGCCUAUACCUGGACAGCCCGGUGGAUUCUUCGUCUACAGCCAUAUCUUCAGGCUUAUCCUUUAA